GACCCGAACGCGGCCCGAGCCGCCGUUCUCCUUCGAUCGUCUGAGGAGGGAAUCCGGGCCGCGGGGCCUCGACGCGAGCGGCUCCGGUUCCGGUUCGCCGAUGAAACGCGAAAAGGAACCAUGGGAAGGCCGCUGCCCCCCCGCCGGGCCGAGCGCCCGUCAUGCGUCUGACCGGCAGAGCGAAGGUGGUAAGAGAGUGAUCCUCAGGUGUCCUCAGUGCUCGGCGCCCCCCCUCCCCCCUCCCCCCACCCCGGCCGAUGGCUCAGAGCGACACCGUGCAGUGAUGGCAGUCCGGGCGCCUUUCAGCACCGCCGCCAUGAAGCAGCUGGAAGGGUAGGGUCAGCCGUGAGCUCGCCCCGCCCUCCGCCCGAGAGUCCCCCGUCGCAGCCCGGCCCUCCCACUCCCGCCGCCGCCGCCGCCGCCACAGCUUUGGAACAUGCCACGUGUUGCGGAGACGCCGCUGGAUGUCUGAUAAAUCUGCCUCUGAGGUGUUGAGCGUCAAACCAGCGGAGCAAUGAAUGGCGGAAAGGAGUGUGAGGCGGGAGACGAGAGGCAGGCCGGCCCCGUCCAGGUCCCCAUCGGCUGGCAGCGCAAGGCGGAGCACGGGGGAGGGGUCCUGUACAUAAGUCCCAGCGGCUCGCUGCUGUCCAGCCUGGAGCAGGUGAAGACCUACCUGCUGACGGACGGAACCUGCAAAUGUGGCCUGGAGUGCCCUCUCAUCCUCCACAAGGUUUUCAACUUUGACCCCGGGGCUGCUGUCAAGCAGAGGACAGCCGAGGACGUGAAAGCGGACGAGGACGUCACCAAACUCUGCAUUCACAAAAGGAAGCUGCUGGCCGUGGCCACGUUGCACAGAAGCAUGGAGACGCACCCGCCCCUGGCUCUGCCCAGUCCGGGAGGAGGUUCUUCAUCUGUGGUUGCCGUGCAUUCAACAACUCAACGAGCAAUAAGGACUAAACCCCACGACGGCCCGCCCAACGCCGUCGGCCCCGACUGCAAGAAUCCUUUCAAGAUGAUGAUGGCGGCCGGGCAGCAGCAGCAGCAGCAGCGGCUGUAUCCGCCUCAGGAGAUGGGAGGAGCCCAGCAGCCGGAGCUCUACUCUGGGUACUCGCGGCCACAGAGGUUGUUAAGUGGGGAGCCGGGCCCCAGGUCCCCCUACCGAGCUGGAUACGGGGUCAUGUUGAGCCCGCCUCCAUCCGGGGCCAAGCUGUUCGGGGAGGGCUCGCAGUCUCCCACCGCAGACACUCUGGGGAGCCCCGAAGGCUUCUCAAGGACCAACCCUUGUGGGUUUCCAGGAGGCGGGAGUCCAGGCUCGGCGUCUCUUCAUGGGAACACGAGGACGCCUCUGUCCCCGCCCAGCGUGAUGCUCCACGGCUCCCCCGCGGGCCAGCCGUCCUGCGUCAUGACGGGAAGGACUAGCACGCCCCUCUCCCCCACGGCUACAGCCAAAAGCCCCGUCAUGAACGUGCCGCGGGGAAACUUCCCCCCGGGCGUGGAUCUGCCCCGCGCGGCGUUUCACCACAAAACGCAGCCCCCCGUGCAUCCUGUCCCGCCCCCGUCCUCCAUACCGCCAUCCUGCGCCCUUCAGAAGAGGCAGCUGACCUCUGAGAAGGACCCCUUAGGCAUUCUGGACCCCAUACCCAGCAAACCGGUCAGCCAGCCCUCCAGUAACGCCCCGAACCCCGUCAGCUUCCAGCCCAACGUCCACUCUCAGGUACCAAUGUUGAAUGUAAACGUCCCCCCUCCCGCCAUCGUCCCCUUGCCGAGCAACCUACCUUUACCCACGGUGAAGCCCGGGCCCGUGGGCCACGGCAGCCAUGUUCAAAGGACUCAGCAGGGCGGUCCGGUUUCCUCCAUGUCUCCCUCCCCUGUCACGUCCCCCGUCCACAUGGCCGGGCCGGCGCUGGGGCGGAUGGAGGCGUCCCCUCAUCGCUCGCGCUCGUCCUCCACCUCCUCUGACCACGGAAACUUCGUGAUGCCCUCGGGGCACCAGGCCCCGUGCGGCGCCAUGAAGGUUCCGCCCCGCUCCCCCCGGUCGGCCAUGGGAUCUCCGCGCCCGGCCAUGCCCUCCAGCCCCUCCACCAACAAGACGGACUCUCUUCACCAGUACAAAGACUCUCAGCUGCUGCCCGGGAUGGCGAACUCCCAGCAGCACGGCAACCCCAUGUACUCGCCCACUUCUUCCUCGUCUUCAUCCUCUUCGAUGGCCACCGCCAGCGCUUCCCAGAAGGGCCACCCGGGACUGUUGGGGAUGCCCCUCAACCAGAUCCUCAACCAACAGAACGCCGCUUCCUUCCCCGCCAGCAGCCUCCUGUCGGCCGCAGCCAAAGCACAGCUAGCAAAUCAAAACAAACUCGGUGCUCCUGGCGGCGGCGGCGCCGUUUCUACGGGCGGCGGAGGGUGCGGCGGGAGCGGCGGGCCCCCCGGCUCUAUGGGCGGCCCUCGAGGCAUGGAGGGACCCAGCACUUUAAACCCCAUGCUCCCGCCAAAUUCCACCAUGCUCCUGAACAGUCCCGAGGGCCAGAGCGGCCGGGCGGCCCUCCGAGACAAGCUCAUGGCCCAGCAGAGGGAUCCCAUGCGCAAACGGAAGCAGUCGGUCAGCGGCGCCGCCGCGAACCACGACAGCGGCAACAACAUGGUCUACAGCAUGCUCAGCAAGCCGGUCAUGGCAGGGGCCCACAUGGCGGGGCCGAGCGCCACGGAGCAGCUGAGGAAAGUGGGCAGACUGGGAAACCUUCACCCCAACACCUCCAUGGCCCAGCUCCUCCAGUCCAUGAGCAGCCAGAGCUCGCACAACCUGGCCGGAGGCGCUCAUCGGCCGGGCCCCGGCUCCGGCCAGGCGUCUCAAGGAGCUACGCUACACUACAAUGACGCCUCGGGCAUGGGCCCCGUCGGCCCUCAGCAGAACCUGCUGGUCCAGCAGAGGCUGCGGGGUCCGGGAGACCCCCUGCAGCACUGCCAGAACAUGGACUCGUCCCAGGGUCACCUGGGCCCCCGUCCAGGCCAGUACCCCGACAUGAUGGCUCAGAUGCAGGCCCCCUCCAUGAGCGGCUGUGGGCCGGUGGGGCCUGACGGCAUGCCGCUGGGACGUCCCAACACUAACCCCCCUCCACUGUCCCACCCCGGGCCCCACCCCUCCCAGCUGCACAGCAUGGGGCGGACUAACAUGGGCAUGGCUCACGGCGGCGGCGAUGGGAGCUGUUCGCAGACCGUCUCUGAAGCAGGAAACCCCUCGGCACUCGGCUGCGGUCUGGCCGCUCUGCAGGCGCAUGUCACCGCCGGCGGAGGUCAGAUUUAUCACCAAGUCCACCACCAGGGGGCGCCGCCGCCGCACGCCGCCUACCAGGGACAGCAGCACUUCUCCGACAACCCUCCGUACGCAGACGGCGGCAGCAACCCGGCCUCCAUGGCGUGCCUGUACCAGAGCUACCAGCAGGGGAUGCUGCCGCACCCGCAGUUCCGAGAGGAGCGGCAGCCUCCCGGCGACGGGCUCCCGGCGGGGGCGCCGGGCUCUGACGGAGGAGGCCCCGAAGCCGUGGACGCCAUCUACAGGGCCGUGGUGGACGCCGCCAGCAAAGGCGUGCACGUGACCAUCACGACCACGGUGAGCGGGACCACGCAGGCCGGCCCGGUGCCCGCCCUCAGCGCCAUGAGUGCCUUCACCGCCUCCAUCGGGGAACCCGUCAACCUCCCCCAGGCGGUGAGCGCCGUCCUGCACGGGCACCGGGAGGCGGAGCCGCCGGCCCCGCCCUCCAGGCCGCGGCAGGCCAGGCCGGGGCGCGGCCCCAAGAACCCGGAUCCCGGCAAGAGCACCCCGGAGACCCCCGAGGCCAACGACUACUUCCGCUCUCCGGGCCGCGGGACUCCCAGGGCGCAGUGGGACGGGGAGGCGCCGCACGGCGGCGGCUUCGACCCGCACUGGGGGGGCGAGGAGUUCCUGGAGUGCUCCACCCAAGUGAGGAGCAGCCCCUGCAUGGAGCGGCCGGCGAGCCUGGCGCCGGCCCCGCCCUGCCCCGCCGACGGCUCGGCCGACCACGGCGCGGCCGCCGCCCUGGACAAGGCCUUCCUGGACGACUGUUACCGCUUCGGCACCUGCGGCCGGACGCCCGCCAACUACAAGGAGCGCCUGGAGCAGACGGUGGAGCGCUGCGCUCACAUCAACGGCUCCGCCCCCCAUUUCAACGCCCGGGGCUACGGGGAGGUCCCGGGGCCUCCGCGGCAGGACCCGGCGGGGGACGACCAGUCGCCCGGCUCCUCCACCAGCCUGGAGGGGCCCCUGGCCACCGCCAAGGACUACGGCCACUACAACGGCCACUUCAACGGCACGGCGCCCAGCCCCUCGGACACCAAGAGCCUGAGCAGCGAGGAGGACCUGCGGCAGCCCGACUCGCCGUCCUCGGAGCUGCUGCACUACCGCUCCAGGACCUUCAACAUGGGCGAGCUGGUGUGGGGCCAGCUGAAGGGCUUCCCGCCGUGGCCCGCCAAGCUGGCCGGGGACGAGCGGGUGCACCACGGCGCCGCCGUGCAGCUGCGAGAGCAGGCCAAGGUGGAGCCCGACAAACUGAAGACACUAACGCACGACCUGGAGGCGCUGGACCGGGCGGCCAAGAGGGGCCUGAAACCAGGGAAACUGAAUAAUCACUUGGAAGCUGCUCUCCACGAGGCCAUGAGCGAGCUGGACAAGAUGUCGGCCACAAUCCCGGCCAGGGACCGUCAGGUGAAGCUCCCCAAGCCCAAGAGGAGGAAGAUCUCCAGAUAACAUUGAAUGUGUGUUCCUCAGAGCCUCCGGAGACUGUGUGUGUCGAGCCUUGAUGCGACCUGAGCUCUGAGCUCUGGAACAGGUGCUACACAUCCACCCUCAGUCCGCCGCCAUCCCACCCGACCACCGCCGGUGCUGGAGGACCCCGACGCCGACACACUUCCAACUGUAGAAAGACGGGAAACACACAUCCACAGCAGCCGUUGCAAUUUGUCACUGAAUUAACUAUUUUUUUCUAGUAUAAGAUAGUAAAAUAAAGAAAAAAAAGCUACAAGCAUUACCUUACUUAUUUAAGAAAAAUAGACAGUCCAAAUAUUUCUGAUACAUUUUCAAUAUGUACAUAGUUAAUCCUGAAAUUUCAUGCUAUUAAGAAUUGUAUGUAAAUAUUGUACAAUGUCAUGUACAAGCGUACCUAAUGCACAUUUUAUCUUUUAUUGUACAAAACAAAGCAGAAGAAGUGUACCAAUGUCUUGGUUUCUAUUGCGGUGCGGUUGCGUGUCGGAGAGUUAAGAAUACAGCCUGAAGCUUUUAUAUGACCGGCGGUCAGACGUGCUGUUCUUCUGUUUCGUGUUUUCUAAGGGGGCGGCGGCGAACCGGGCGCCGCUCCUUCAUGCCGUUUGUAUUGUUUGAGACGAAAGACGGACAGAAUCCACAGAAUGAACUUUUACCAGCAGAAAGAGUUCAGUGUCCCCCCAGAGCAUGAUGGGAAAUCUUCCUCUGCUUUAACUUUUUCUUUGUCUCGACGACACAGAGACCAGAUCGACCGGGGCGUCUUCACCUUCCUGAUUCCCGUCACUCUUUGGUUCCGUCGGAUUUCAGAAGGAAAAAACCCCCCCUAACUGCCCCCCCCCCAGUGGAGAAAUCCCCCCCCCCCCCCCCCCCCCCCC